ACUUUCCUUCCUCUCUGUUCAAGAUGGCUGGAGGUGAGGUUGGAGUGACUCUCGGGCAGCCACAUCUUUCCCGACAGGAUCUCGCCACAUUGGAUGUCACCAAGUUGACACCACUUUCACAUGAAGUUAUCAGCAGACAAGCUACAAUUAAUAUUGGUACAAUUGGUCAUGUAGCUCAUGGGAAGUCCACUGUGGUAAAGGCUAUUUCUGGAGUUCACACCGUCAGAUUCAAAAAUGAACUAGAAAGAAAUAUUACCAUCAAGCUUGGAUAUGCUAAUGCUAAGAUUUAUAAACUUGAUGACCCAAGUUGUCCUAGACCAGAAUGUUACAGGUCAUGCGGAAGUAGUACACCAGAUGAGUUUCCUACAGACAUUCCAGGGACCAAAGGGAACUUCAAAUUAGUCAGGCAUGUUUCCUUUGUUGACUGUCCUGGCCAUGAUAUUUUGAUGGCUACGAUGCUGAACGGCGCAGCAGUGAUGGAUGCAGCUCUUCUGUUGAUAGCUGGUAAUGAAUCAUGUCCUCAGCCUCAGACUUCUGAACACCUGGCUGCCAUAGAAAUCAUGAAACUCAAGCAUAUUUUGAUCUUACAAAAUAAAAUUGAUCUGGUAAAAGAAAGUCAGGCUAAGGAACAAUAUGAGCAGAUUCUCGCAUUUGUACAAGGAACAGUAGCAGAAGGAGCACCAAUUAUUCCCAUUUCUGCUCAGCUGAAAUAUAAUAUUGAAGUCGUCUGUGAGUACAUAGUGAAGAAAAUACCAGUGCCCCCAAGAGACUUUACUUCAGAACCCCGUCUCAUUGUUAUCAGGUCAUUUGAUGUCAACAAACCUGGCUGUGAAGUUGAUGACCUUAAGGGAGGUGUAGCUGGUGGUAGUAUUCUGAAAGGAGUGUUAAAGGUAGGCCAGGAGAUAGAAGUGAGACCUGGUAUUGUUUCCAAAGAUAGUGAAGGAAAACUCAUGUGUAAACCAAUCUUUUCCAAAAUUGUAUCACUUUUUGCGGAACAUAAUGAUCUUCAGUAUGCUGCCCCAGGUGGUCUCAUUGGAGUUGGCACAAAGAUCGACCCCACUUUGUGCAGAGCUGACAGAAUGGUGGGACAAGUGCUUGGUGCAGUUGGAGCUUUACCUGAAAUAUUCACAGAACUGGAAAUUUCCUAUUUCCUGCUUAGACGUCUUCUGGGCGUCCGAACUGAAGGAGACAAGAAAGCAGCAAAGGUCCAAAAGCUGUCUAAGAAUGAAGUGCUUAUGGUCAACAUAGGAUCCCUGUCAACAGGAGGAAGAGUUAGUGCUGUCAAGGCUGAUUUGGGCAAGAUUGUUUUGACUAAUCCUGUGUGCACAGAAGUAGGAGAAAAAAUUGCCCUUAGCCGAAGAGUUGAGAAACAUUGGCGUUUAAUUGGUUGGGGUCAGAUAAGAAGAGGAGUGACCAUUAAGCCAACUGUAGAUGAUGACUGAAGAAUCCAAGUUAAACAAUGCCUUGGGAUGGAAUUGGGAUUACUUUUAAUAUCUAGGGGUAUAUUUUCAAAGCAAUACUAGGGAAUUAAUUUCGUAGCUCAUUACCUUAGUAGUAGCUGUAAGAAUAUUCUCAUAUUUUGGUGAUAAAUUUAACCUCAACUUCUAAUAUAGGGCCUACAAGUAAAUGUCAAAAUACAUACUAUAUUGGGUUAAAUCUACAUUUUAGCAGAAGUUAAACAUUCCAAAAUGAUGUCUGAUUUGUCAAUGAGUGAAAGUUUGAAGUGAAACUUAACUACAACCAGCCUUUGCUAUAGCACACAUAUCAUGAACCUAUCGAAAAUGAAACCGGUCUCUUUUUUCAUAAUUUCAUCUGUGAGUGGCUCCAUGGUGAAGGACAGUUGUUACUGUCAAAAACAAGGGCCCACACUUUCCAUGACCCACUCCCUUUAUUUGGUCUUCUCUUAUCUGAAAUUGGAAGGGAAGGAAGACCAGUGAGCUCAAAUGAGCAAGGCUCUUAAAAAUUGAGUGCUCAGUCCCUUGCCACAGGUGACCCUUUGCUCUUAGCUUUUUCCUGGAUGGGACCAGGGGAAUUCAGCACCAGAAGGUCUCGCCCUCUUCCAGUGCCCCGAGACUGUGUCUUUCUUAUUUACGCCUAAAAAUCUCAGUCUUCCCUCACCAACAAAUAGUAUUAUAACGGUGGAUGAUUGAUAGUUGACAAAGUUCUGUCCAGGUUGUGUUUCCUGGGGUCUUUGUUUUAGUAACAGAGUCUCCUGCAUGACGAACAAGCACCUGCUGACUACUGCCCCUAGCUGUAGUAGUUGGUAGGAUUAUGGUAUAAAUUAUGCUAUUAGUAAUCUUUGAGUCUUGGAAGAGAUAAAGACUGUUCAAAAGCAGAGUAUGUUGGUUCUAAGUCUAUCCCCCACGUGCCUGCAAUUUUCCUGUGCUGUGUUUUUGAAUUAAUCGUAAUUUUGCUUAAUUAGAUGUUCUGUUAUAGCAGUGAUUUCCAACUCUAGCUGACAUGAGAAUUGCUGGGGAAUUUAAA